AUGGGUAAGCGCGGCAAGGGAACGGGGUCUUUCGGUACCCGCAACGACAAGACGCACGGCCUGUGCCGUCGCUGCGGUCGUCGGACGUGGCACAUCCAGAAGCUGACGUGCGCCUCGUGCGGCUUCCCCGGCGCGCGCAUCCGGAAGUACAACUGGUCCGUCAAGGCCAUCCGCCGGAAGACCACCGGCACUGGCCGCUGCCGGCACCUCAAGAACCUCCCCCGCCGGGCCAAGAACCAGUUCCGGGAGGGCACUGAGGCCGCGCCCAAGAAGGCCGCGAACUAA